AUGGCUCCCAGCUGGGGCUUGGGCUCCUCCCUGGCCGACUGCCACUUUGCGCACUACUACACCUCUCUGGGGAUGUGGGACUCCUGCGGAGAGUGCCUGCCAGAACUGGAAAAGGCUCGGAGCCUAAUCAAUCUUCUUGGAAGCCACCUGGAGAGGCCCCCUGAACAGGGCAGCUUUCGUCAGCACUCCCGUCAAGACCCCUCUGGUGAGUUCUGCAAAGCAGCGCCUGCUGGAGCCAAUAGGCCCUGUGGGGAGCGUGUGGAAGAUGCUGCUCCCACCAUGUCCCCCUCGGCUUCUCUGGCUCCUGUGACUGAGUACCCAUUACCUCUGGCCUCCACCUUGUCACCAGGCCCCAGCUCCUCAGUUUCCCUUCAUUCCCGCUCAUCCCUGAGUGCCUCUCGGCCACCAGAGCCUUUCCUUCCCUUGGAUGACCUUUCACCCCAGCCACUUGCACUUUCCUGUUCCCCUUUAGUGGCUGCCAAAGCCUCAUGCCUCUCAGCCUCAUCACAGUGGGAGUCCCAGCAAGAGCGCCUGUCUCACCACCCACCAGAGGCCUCGUUCCAGGAAGACCCCACAGACAGACAGGCAGAGGCUUAUGAGCAGAACCUCCUGGAGAUACAUAUCACAAAGAUAAUCAAUGUAAAUAUUUUGAAAAAAAAUGAAAAAGAUACAAUAUGUACAACUCAAAUGAACCCAAACGUGCACUCUUUGGGGAAUACGUGGAGAUCACUGGGUGCUGAGCAGGACACCACAACCCCCCAACCCUUCUGGAGCAUGGAGGAUGAACAAGAACAGCUGCAUAGUCCUCUGCAGCUCUACAGCCAGCUUUUUUGGGGUCUCCCCUCCCUGCACAGCGAAUCCCUGGAGGCUACUGCCUGGACAUCGAAGGGCUCUUCCACAUUACAGCCUCCACCUUCCUUAUUCAAUGGCAUCUCGAGUGCCUGCCCAGUUCCACUGCAGGCUACAGUGCCUCCACUGCCUUCCCAUUCCCAGCACAUGUCUCACUUGGAGUUCCAAUCUCCACCCUUGCUUCCAACCAUGCUUCAAUUACAGCCCCCACCUCUGGCUCAGGUCCAGGCCCGGGGCCAUCUCCCAUCCUCUCUACCAAGCCUACCACCUUCUCCACCUCAGAUGAGCGGCUGUGGAGUACCAUGCCCAACGGCCCAGAAUAAGCCACAAUCUUUAAUCCCAGUUGAGAUUCAACAUCCAGAAAGGCCCUUGUUGCAGAAGCAAGUAGAAAGUGGGUGGGAUUUAUCCUCUGUAGUCAACAGAUCUCAGGAAGCCUUCAGUGUCUUCACAGCCAACCUUUCCAAGGACAGCAUCCUUCCUGAGAAUUUUCCAAUCGGUCCUGAGCCCCGGAAGCAGCUGGAGCCACAUCUCCAAAACUUACAUAUGAAACACAGCUGGGAGCUGUCCCCCAAGAUCAGAGAACCUCCAGAACUAGGGCAACAUCAGAGCGAAUUACUAGGAACAUGUCUGGCAAAGGACAAGCAUGAGCCCUCGCAGCCCACUUCACUCAGAGGUGAAAGCAGCAACGACGCACAGAACAUGGGGGACUCUGGAAGUGAUUUACUGAGGAACUUAGACAAAAAUCUAGAAAACACGCUAAAAGGCCACUUGGGCAGCAAGUUGGGACAGAUGAGCAAGGACCUGAUGAGUGUGCAUGGACCCUGGCUUCCUGUCAGCCACUCUUAUGCCAAGGCUGACACUCACAUGGAAACCAAAAAUCUGGGAAUCUUAAAUGGCUGGGAACCCUGCAUGAACGCCUCCCACGGGGCCUUCUUUCUUGAUACAGACAUUCAAAAGGUGCUGGAAGCACAUGUUACAAAGUUCUGGGUGAAGCACCGGUGGGGCCUGCCCCUCAAGGUCCUCAAGCCCAUGAGUCUCAUUAAGUUGAAAAGGGCUCGGGCCAAACCCAUUCUUGGGAUGAUAAUGGUCCAUAAAAUUAUAUAGGUUUCAAGUAUACAAUUCUAUGAUACAUCAUCAGUAUAUUGCAUUGUGUGCCCACUAUCCAAAGUCAA